AUGGGCGGCGUUGUCUCUGCAUUCUCUAGUAGUAGCGGUGAAGACUCCGUCGCAGCGCGACAAGCUCUCGAGAAGCAACUUGCCGACAGGGAAGAAACCAUCGCCGUCCUCGAGGAAGACCUCUCAAAGAAGGAGAAGGAAUGCACAACAGUAUCCAAGGAUGCCGAGGAUUUGAGGGAAAAGAUCAAGGAGCUUGAGGCUCAGUCUUCUCUUGCCCUUGACGAGACUCACGCCCGUAUCGCUAUCUUGCAGGAAGAGUUGAAGAAGGGCGGUGACUCUUCCUCCGAGCAGCUCCGAUCCACCAAGGAGUCUGCUGAGAAGAACGCCAAGGAGCUCGAGGAUGCUAAGACCAGCCUGACUGCUACCGAAGAGAAGCUUAAGGGUCUGGAGCAGGAGAGGCAAUCCAUUGCCGAUGAGCUCGCCAGCCUCAAGGCAGAGCUUGCUGAGGCCAAGGAGGCCCGCGAGGCCCUCGAGGCUGCUCUCACCAAGGAGAUUGCCACUCUCAAGACCCAGAUCUCCGAGGCCGAGGAGAAGCACCAGACUCUUACCAAGGCCCACAGCACACUUGAGGAAGAGCUUGCUGCCGCUUCCAGCGCCGCUGAGCAAGGAAAGCAGGCUCUGACCGGUUCCGAAGACAAGUUCACCACCCUACAAUCCAGCCACGCCAAGCUCGAGACCGACCUGGCCGCCGCCGUCACUGCCCUCGACGAGCAGAAGAAGGCCUUGGCCGGUUCCGAGGAGAAGUACGCCGCUCUCCAAGAGACACUCGACAAGCUCCAGGAGCAGUCCGACUCCCAGAUCGCUACUGCCAAGAAGGACCUCGCCGAGGCUCAAGAGAAGACAAAUGCUCUUCAAGAAACACACAACAAGCACAAGGCCGACUCUGAGAACGAGUUGUCUGAACUCAAGAAGCAGCUCUCUGAGCUUGGUGAUCUCCAGACAAAGUACGCUACUCUCGAGGAGACCAACAAGUCUCUUGAGAAGGAGCUUGCUGAGCUCAAGGAGAAGGUUGCUGACCUCGAGAAGACCAACGAGUCUCUUAAGAGCAACUCUUCUUCCGAGCUUGUCGCUGCUCAAAAGGCUGCUGCUGAGUGGAAGGAGAAGCACGGUUCUCUUCAGUCUACCCACGAUGGUCUGUCCAAGGACCUUGAGACUGCUAAGAAGGAUCUUGCUGCUGCCGAGGAGGCCCAGAAGAAGCUUACCGAGGACCACACCGCUGCCUUGACCAAGGCUCAGGGUGACUCAUCUGCUGAAUUGGAGAAGGUCAAGAAGGAGGCUGCCGACCUUGAGGCCAAGCUCAAGUCUACUACCGACGAGCACGAGGCCCUCAAGAAGGAACGUGACGAGCAAGCUGAGAAGCUCAAGACUGUCACUAGCGACCACGAGGCCAUCCAGAAGAAGCAGGAGGAGACCGAGGCUAAGCUCAAGGCUGCCACCGAGGAGCGCGAGUCUGUCGAGAAGCAGCUCAAUGAGAAGACAUCAAAGCUUGCCGAGCUCGAGAAGCAAAUCGAGGAGGCUAAGGCCCAGGCUGCCAAGGCCGAGGAGGACCUGAAGGCUUCCCAAGCGGAGAAGAAGGAGCUUGAGGCCAAGAUCGCUGAUCUUGAGUCCAGCGCCAAGAACUCCCAGGAGUCUGAGUCUGGUUUGAACGCCAAGCUCAAGGAGGCCGAGGCCAAGGUUGCUGUUCUUGAAGGUGAUGCUAAGAAGGCUGCUCAGGACGCUAAGGCCCAGUUGAAGACCAAGGUCGAGGAAGCUGAGGCUAAGGCCAAGGAGACCGAAGCUUCAUUGAAGUCUAAGGCUGAUGAGGCCGAGGCUAAGGUGGCUGCCCUCGAGGCUGACGCAAAGAAGGCUCAAGACUCCGAGUCUGCUCUCAAGAAGCAGCUCGAGGAGGCUCAGGCCGCUACCGAAUCUGAGAAGAAGUCUUCCGCCGAUAAGACCAAGUCCCUUGAGGACGAACUUAAGGAGCUCAAGGAGAAGUUCGCCAAGUCUGAGGAGGCUGCUAAGAAGACCAAGACCCUUGAGGCCGAGAAGAAGGCCGCUGAGGAGAAGGCUGCUGCUCUGGAGAAGGAGAAGACCGAUGCCGAGGAGAAGACAAAGACAGCGCAGUCCGCUUUCAGCAACGCCCUCGAGAAGGUCAAGACCAUCCAGGGUGAGAAGAAGGAGGCCGCUCUCGAGAAGGUCAAGGCCCUCGAGGCCGAGGUCAAGGAGCUCAAGGAGAAGAGCGCCACGACCAACGGCACAUCUGAGGCUUAA